CUCGCGUGCGCUCCUUUUGCGCGGCUGUCGCACCUCCUUCCCCUACCCUUCGCCUUUCCUUCCACUAUAUUUUAUCCUACGGACCACCUUCUGCUCAUUUGGUGAAAAUUCAUUCCGCUUCCUUGCAUCUCGCUGUCUCUGCUGCUGCUUCUGCUGCGUGAAGAGCUCUGCUUUGGUUCUCAGUAUCAUCGGAAGGCCGCCGAUUGAGAUGUUAGCAUAAUUAUUGUGUUGUUGAACCUUGCCCAGAACAGGAAGGGGAUCAAAAGAACUUUUUUUUUAAAAAAAAAAAAAAGAGCACAAAGUUAUGAGGUAUCGGGAGAGAUGGCAAUGGAAGUCAGCAAAUGAAGGAUAGACAGAGGUGGAAGGCCGAGGAGGACGACAUAUUGCGUGCUUAUGUAAAGCAGUAUGGAGCCAGGGAGUGGCACCUCGUUUCCCAGCGCAUGAACGUUGCCCUUGAUAGGGACGCCAAAUCCUGCUUGGAGAGGUGGAAGAACUACCUCAAGCCCGGGAUCAAGAAAGGGUCGCUGACCGAGGAGGAGCAGCACCUCGUCAUUCGCCUGCAGGCCAAGCACGGCAAUAAGUGGAAGAAGAUCGCGGCCGAGAUCCCUGGGCGUACCGCCAAGCGGCUAGGCAAGUGGUGGGAGGUCUUCCGGGAGAAGCAGCAGAGGGAGCGUCGGGAGAUCAUCGAGAAAUCCUCUGCUUCCGCCGCCGAGCCAGGCAAGUACGACCGCAUCCUCGAGGGCUUUGCGGAGAAGCUAGUCAAGGAGCAGCAGGUCGCGCCGCUGUUGAUGGCCACCCCUUUCCUCCCACCGUGGCUCGCGAACAAUGGCGCCGGCGGCCACAGACCUCCGCCACCGCCGCCAUCGGUUACUCUGACGCUCUCGCCGUCAGUUACGCCUCCGUCUCCCAGGCCGUGGCUUCAGGCUGAACGGGGGGGCGAAGGUAGAUUGGGUUUGGGUAACUCGCAGCAUGGCAUCGAAGGCGGACAUAUCAUGCCGGAGCUGGUCGAGUGCUGCAGGGAAUUGGAGGACGGGCACCGGGCGUGGAUGGAACACAAAAAGGAAGCAGCUUGGAGACUGAAGCGGCUGGAACUGCAGCUGGAGACGGAGAAGGCAUGCAAAAGGAGGGAGAAGCUGGAGGAGAUCGAGGCCAAGGUGCGGGCGCUGAGGGAGGAGCAGAAGGCGGCGCUGGAGAGAAUUGAGGUAGAGUACAAGGAGCAGAUUGCCGGGCUGAAGAAAGACGCGGAGGCAAAGGAGCAAAAAUUAGCAGAUCAGUGGGCCGCAAAGCAUAUGCGGCUGAGCAAGUUUCUGGAGCAGCUGAGCGGCCGCCACUGGCUUCCGGCGGAGAUGAACGGUCGGUGAAGAGAGAAGCCGACCUCAGAGACUAAUUUUUUACUGGUGUCUUCAUUGCUCUUUCAUUUGCCAAGUCCUAAAUCUUAUCUUUAGAAGUACUAUUGUUGCUGUUUGAAUCGUAAUGCCAUAUAUACUAUCUUUCUAUUUCAUGAUUA